GCGCGGAGCCUGUGGCGGGACCGAUACGAGCGGGCGUGGCGGUUCCGAUUGGAACCGGGCACAUGCGCGCUGGGCCUGCAACUCGAGCGACCGCUCUCGGCCUACGAGCCCCGCUCGUUCGGACCGGACGCGAUCCCCGCAUACCAUCAAAACGGCCUCCUUGACGUUGGCGUGCUGACCGUGCGCGACAUCAAGGGGAAAAACAAAGAGCUUCGCUACUACGUGCAUUCGGAGGGCGUGGAUUGGGGGCCCGAAGACGUGGACGUAGACGUAUGGUUAGAGCACCCCGAAGACGAAGACGAAGAUGAGGAUUAUUACCUCCACGAGGGUAUUCUGGAUGGUUGCGUCGUGUACGUGUCUUCGUCGGCCGCCGCGCUCUACGAUCCCACGCGUCCCGCGGUCGGCCGCCGGGGCAUACGGGUCGGGUCCCCGCUUCGACACUUGCUCGAGGGAUUCGGCCUCAGCCUCGAUGACGUCAUCAGCGCGUGCGACUCGAGGUGCGGAUCCCAAUUUCGGCUCCGCGGCGUCGACAACUUCAGGUUCGGGCUCGGACCCCGCGAGAACGGGUAUUCCGCAGAGGACGAGUGGGAGCCGAUUCCGCACGCGCCCGAGGUUCCCACGGCUACGCGGGAGGAGAAGCUCAACUGGCCCCUGCAAACCAUCCAGAUUUGGAGCGGGCGGUAA